UGUUGGUUAGUCCAUUUUGUGCAUCGUUCGCGACUCAGAACGUCGACAUUUUACAUUUUUGGCGAUAAUCGCUACAUAUACUAAAGGGUGGACGAAAUCUGCCUGGUUUGGUUUGUUUGCUUUAGUUGAAAUCGGACACCGCUGAUGUUUGAGCGUCUCCCGUAGACUGGGCUGCGGAGGGAUAUUCCAUUGGAACCGACAAUGUGGAGGCUAUUAAAAUGUCUACUUGGAAAAUGAAAUAAUUACAGUUUCUUCAGCUGAAAGGAAAAAGAGCAACAGAAAAGUUAUGGUCCCUGCGACAGACGUGGUUUCGGCUUCGUAGCGAAGACAACGAAACGAGGCGACGAAGGAGUGGUUUAUGUAAUCUUUCCUUCUAUUCAUCAAAACCCCACAGUUCGCACCACGGGAGAAAGGAUCCUAUCCAUAACUUUGUUUUCCUCUCUUCUCGUUCACUUCUCGCCGCUGGAUGCUACAUUUAAAUCCAGUCUGCUGCUGAGACUGAGUGAGGCCUGGUGAAUCCCAGCAGAGAAUGGCUGCAGUAGAAACCGAUAAGGAGCUCAGCGACUUGCUGGAUUUUACUGCGAUGUUUGAACCACCAGUUACAAAUGGUAAGAAUGGGCCAACUACUCUUGCCAGCAGUCAGUUUGGAGGCUCUGGUUUAGAUGAAAGGAGCGGGUCCAGUCCUUGGGGACCAGGAGAACAGAACAGUCCAACUUUCAACCAGGGAAGGGGUUUUGAUGAAGGCCUUUACAGUGAGCGAGACAACUUGGCCUCUACCCCAGUAUUUGGAUCAGGGGUAAUCGGGAAGGCUGAACAAGGACCAUACUCCUCAUUUGGAGCACAGCCUGGUUUCAUGUCCAGCGAUAUGCCCUUGUCCAGUCCAAAUAACCUCUCUCCAGCUGCUGUUAAGUCCGGUUCCCAGUUUUAUUCAUCAUAUGAGCGAAGCAACACUCGCAGGAGACCCUCACAGGACCCCAUUGAGUCACAGCCAAAAAAGAUCAGGAAGGUGCCCCCCGGCCUGCCCUCCUCCGUUUAUACAUCAAACCCCAGGGAGGAUUUUAAUCGAGAUUGCUACCCUCCCUCCAAAGCAGGAAACGUCUACCUAUCACCAUACUACGGGCAAGAAGGUCUCCACCCGCCCUCCGAUCCUUGGGGCUCUGCCGGGUCGAUGAUUCAGCCUGGUUAUUCUGCCGUGUUGGGCAACUCCCCCCAUCUGGGUCAGCACGGACCUUUCACUGCCAUCAACCCUCAAGAUAGACUGAAACGGCAGCCUCUGCCACUUUCUCCCCACAACUACCCCCUGCAUGGCAGUGAGGUGAACGGAGCUCAUCCAGCUGGGUUCCACUCUGGCUCCAGCAGCUUUGGAGUCCCCAACCACACACCCCCUAUCGCCAGCACUGAAACCCUUAUGGGUAAAUCUUAUACAAAUCGGGGUGCAGUUCCUGGAAGUUCAGGUGAUGAGAUUGGGAAAGCCUUGGCAUCAAUUUAUCCUUCAGACACAMACAGUAAUGUUUUCCCUCCGUCUCCAUCGACUCCCUCUGGAUCACCUCAUGCUGUUUCAGGCUCUGCAUCUCAAUGGACCCAGUCUUCUGGCCAGGCCACGCCUUCACCUAACUUUGAUGGUGGAGUUCAGUCUAUGCAGAGUAAAAUAGAGGACCACCUGGAUGAAGCCAUAUGCGUUCUUCAGCGACACGCCAGCGGACAGGGAGGGUUACCUCCAGGCUUCAGCAGUGCAGCACUUGGGCUGGUCAGUCGCCUGCCAGGGCUGGUUUCCAGUCUCCAUGAGGACUCUGCUGGUCUGCCCUCUAGUGGAGGACUUCUGCAUCACAGCUCUGCAUCUGUUCAUUCAGCCUCUCAGCUUACAGUUCUGCCCGGCAACCUGACUCGCUCCAGCGGUGCGAUGAUCAAACGAGAGGAGAGGGAGGAUGAUGAGAACUGCUCCAUUACAGACAAGUCAGAGGACGAGAAGAAAGACACGAAGGCCCGCCUCCGGACAAGUAGUCUAGAUGAUUUGGACGAUGAUGAUGACGAAGAUCUACCAGUGGAGGUCAAGGCUGAGCGGGAGAAAGCACGGAGGUUGGCAAACAACACCCGCGAGCGGCUCCGCGUGCGGGACAUCAACGAGGCUUUUAAGGAGCUGGGCCGCAUGUGUCAGCUCCAUCUGAGCUCUGAAAAACCACAAACCAAAUUGAUCAUACUGCAACAGGCUGUUAAUGUUAUAAUCAACCUGGAGCAACAAGUCCGAGAGCGUAAUUUGAAUCCAAAAGCCGCCUGCCUGAAGAGGAGAGAGGAGGAGAAAGUUUCGGGUCUGCAGCUCGGUGGAAGUCACGCUGCUCUGGGAGGGGAUGGACACAACCCUGUGAGCCAUAUGUAACUCUCAGCUCUUUUGGCUCGUACAGCUCUUAGAACACGUGGCCUUAUCUAUCAUUGUCGUGUCAUCUCAGUGUGUGUUCAGCAGCUUUUGGGAAACACACACACACACCUCGUAACUGACAAAGCAGGUGGCCACAUUCCUGGCGCAGUAUAACACAUCGCAGCAGAAGAGGCACAUGAAAUUAAAAAUAAAAAACAUUUCUUGAUCUUUACACGAUGAUGCUUUGAACUGAAGACGCUGCUUUUGGAGUCAGCGGAACUCGCUUUUACACACUGGGAGCAAAACUUAUUUGGAUCAAAAAACUUUGGAUCAAUUGCUCAUCUGAGUGACUUUACAUUGCUGAAUAGUAUUGGCAUUCCCAUCAGAGAAUAAUGCGAUCUUACAUUCUUCCCGAGCAAAGAGGGAUGAUUUAUAUACUGCGAUAGAACAAAACCUGUUUAUUCAUGCCUUGUUGUUAGAUUUGACGUUUAUUGUUUUCAUGUAACGACUGAAUUACUGAAGUUUAGAGACUUUUCUGCCACUGACCGGUCUGUCAAGAAUACCUGCUUCCUCUUUUUGAUACGCUGGGAUUUCAGUCCGUUUUUCUUCAAUUUUGUUGAAGUGGCUAAAAAGAAAGGAAAACAAGUUGCCACAUUUCGGACUCACUUGUGCACUGGGGUGAUUUAUUUUUUAUUGCUUGUCUCAGAACUUUGGAUCCCAGAGUCUUGUCUCUUGAAGUCCUUUACAUCAGUUAUUUGUCACUGCCAUGCAAGUGGAAUGGACCGACUGCCAGGAGAGACGCAACCCAACAGAGCGAGGCUGGAGCACGGGCCUCGCUGUCAGCCUCACAGCUCGGUGCAAAGUGUCUGAAAGCAUCCCUCGCUCCGACAUCAUUGGGAAAUCACUUCCCGCAAGAAUCAGAGCUGUUUGCAUUUUGAUACCGGACACUUAUCUUGUACACGUUUAACUAAAGUAUUGAAAGGGAUCAUGAGUGUUACUGCCAUGUUUUGACAGAAUUCCCUCUGUUGCCACUGACUGACUUUGUUUUGGUUGCUUUGUGUUGAAGCCUGUUGUAAGGAUCUUCCUUUUUUUUUUGUUUGUUUGUUUGUUUUUUUACUUUGUAACUUAGUCGUAAGAGUUUUGUUUGUAUUGUUUGGAAUGCUUUAUUUACUUUGUUUACAUUGUUUUUAAUGUAAGACGACUCAGUUUAGAUUCCAGGAACAAAGUCAGGUGUUUGUUUGUUUGUUUGUUUGUUUGUUUGUUUGUUUGUUUGUUUGUUUGUUUGUUUGUUUGUUUGUUUGUUUGUUUGUUUUUGGUGCCAGUUUAGAGAUGUUAGAAAUGACAACUAAUAAGGCUGUAACAUCACAUGUUGUGAUAUUGAUCUGUUGUUUGAACGCAAACCAGUUGUAAAUUGGGCUGUUCUACUAUUUGUGACAUUUUUUUUAAUAUGAAAAAGUUUUAUUAGCGCAGCCCCGCCCCCUCUCCUCUCCCAGCGUUCUGACGAGCUUGUUUAUUAGUUUGAGAAGUUAAGAAGGGGGCGGUCUGUAGCAAAUGUUUGUUUCAUUAUGAGAUAAAGCAUAAAAAAGGAUUUAAAAGAGGUGGCCUUAGUCAUUUUUCUGACAUGAGGAGUUUUGAUAAUGGUUACUCACCAGUGCCUGAACAUGUCUUUGCUUACAUGGUGGAUGAUGUUUCAUUCAAGGUUUUGUAGGUUGUCUUUUUGCAAUACAAAUAUUUUGUUUUUGUUUUGUUUUAAAGCCCUAUAUUUCAUUAUCAUCUAUAAUAUGAAGAAUUAUGCUCAGUGACUUCUUCUGUGCUUGUGUCACGAGUCAUAAGUUGAACAUUGUUGACAAAUUUGAUGCCGAACAUUGUAUUUUCAUCUUUUUUGUCGUCAUUUUUGCCUCAAAUUGGUGUGUGUGUAAUAACAUACACACCUGUAUGUCUGUCAGCUUCAUCACUGGAAGCCGGUUACUGAUGUGGAACAGUUUUCAUCAUUUCAUCACAAAUCCUGGCCAGCAGACAAACCCAGAAAUGACAUUUCAGUUCCUCAAACUGUGAUUUGUAAAGUCACUUGUAAAAACUGGAUUUUUGUCCAUGAAUUAUGUUUUUGCAGUAACCUUGUCUCUAAAUUCACACCUUCUGCUCACAGACUCUGUUCUCAUGAAAGAUGACCUGCUACAGAUCUCUGUCUUCGCUCAUGUUUGGGGACAACAUCUAUGUAGGGUUUGUCCUCAAAGUGCCUCCAGUUUCCUAUUUUUUUAUAUACAAAGUAGAUGUUGAGAACUGUUGUGUAUAUAACAGUAAUGUAGCAAUAAAUGUACCAUUUUUAAGAACAA